AUUACUAAUUUAGUCCCCAAUUAUUAUACUACCUCCGUCCAGAGUAUUUGUCCACUUUCAUUUUUACACACCAUCCAAUACACUUCUUUAAUCCAUUUUAUCUUGUAAUUUGUAUAUUAAAAAAUUAUAGAAAUUAUAUAUUAAUAAUCUAUAUGUUAAGACAAAUCAAACAAGAUCACACAUGACUAUAUUUAGGCUUACACAUUGAGAGAAUUUGAUGAGUCAAAGUGCUUAGAUGAACAGUUCCAAAAGUCAAAAGUUGACGAAUACUCCGGGACAAAGGGAGUAUCAUUUUUCACGAAUGGUCAUUUGUUAACAUUUUCAUUAAGAACACGAAUAAAAUUGUAAAUUCACACUUCUUUCACNUUUAACUUUUUCAAAGAAUAAAUUCCACAAAAGUUUCCAGUUAUAGGUCGUUUUACAUAUUUAGUCCCUACAUAUCAAAUAUUACUAAUUUAGUCCCCAAUUAUUAUACUACCUCCGUCCAGAGUAUUUGUCCACUUUCAUUUUUACACACCAUCCAAUACACUUCUUUAAUCCAUUUUAUCUUGUAAUUUGUAUAUUAAAAAAUUAUAGAAAUUAUAUAUUAAUAAUCUAUAUGUUAAGACAAAUCAAACAAGAUCACACAUGACUAUAUUUAGGCUUACACAUUGAGAGAAUUUGAUGAGUCAAACCAAAACCCAACCAAACAGGCACUAGCUAGUAAGCUCGCUUUGUUUCUCUUCUCCGCCGGCAUGUCGACAGAGGACUGUGCCCACAACCACCACCAUGAGCGGCGUAAGCUCUACCGCCGCCUCCUCAUCGGCGUCUCCUCAUCCAUAGCCCUCAUCCUAUCCCUAGUCUUUCUCACCUGGCUCAUCCUCCACCCCACCAAACCCACCUUCGUCCUCGAAGACGCCACCGUCUACGGCUUCAACCUCUCAGCUGGCCCCAACAUCAUCACGACCGAAAUCCAAGUGACCAUCGCGUCGCAAAACCCAAACGAGCGCAUCGGCGUCUUCUACGACCGCGUCGACGUCUACGCCACCUACCGGGGCGAGCAAAUCACCCUCCCGGCGCUCCUCCCGGAGUCGUACCAAGGCCACAAAGACGUCACUGUUUGGUCCCCGUUCCUCAGCGGCACCUCCGUCCCGGUGGCGGCAUUUCUAGCCGUGGAGCUCGGCGAAGACGUGAACGCCGGGAUGGUGAUGAUAAACAUCAGAGUCGACGGAUGGGUCAGGUGGAAAGUCGGGACGUUCCUCUCCGGGAGGUACCGUUUGUAUGCAAACUGUCCCGCUUAUUUGAGCUUCCGAGGGCAAUACAGUCCAAACAGUGUUUUAGUUGGGUCAACUGCCAAGUACCAACUUGUGCAGACUUGUCAUGUUGAAGUUUGAAUUUCAAAAAUGUUAUAACAUGUAUUAUAAGUUUCAUUGAGGGUUCUAAAAUUGCAACAGCCUGAGUUUGGGUUUCUGGGGUUUCAUUGGGGGAUGAUAGAUAAAGAUGGAUUGCAAAUGUGUAUGUAGCAACAAAGGAGGUUGAUAAUU